AAGAAUCUUUCUUGGCUUUUCUUUUAUAGUGUCUUCCAAAUGUCAACUCAGGGUUUUCUGAAGUCAGAAAACACAAUUCUCAUGGUUAAGAAAAAAAGGUGCAGAACAAUCUGAGAUUUACAAGCUAAGGUUGGAGAGAAGAUCAUCGUUGUUCCUGAUGGCUGGAGUUCUAGGAUCAGUGGUUUUCUGGUUGAUAAUUGGUAUCCAUGUAACCUUUUUGGUGUUCGCUCAAGAGGGAGAUCAUUUUGUGUAUUAUGACUUUAGGAAUGCAGAUCUGGAACUCGAUGGAAUGGCAAAUACAAACCAUGGUCCAUUGCAUCUAACAAAUAAUACAAACACGGGCACCGGUCACGCUUUCUACAACAUUCCCAUCAAGUUCACAGCGUCUUCACUCAGUUCAUUUUCCUUCUCAACAGAAUUUGUCUUUGCAAUCUUCCCGCUGCAAAAAUCUACCUACGGUCACGGAAUGGCAUUUGUGGUAUCUCCAACCAAAGAUCUCAGGUCUAACGGCAGUGCAAAUUCAAAUUUAGGUAUUUUCAAUAGAGCAAAUGAUAACAAGACUGCAACCCAUAUCUUUGCUGUAGAACUUGACACUAAUCAAAACUCGGAGUCAUUUGACAAAGGUGGUAACGAUGUGGGUAUUGAUAUUAACAGUAUAGUUUCAGUUGAAUCUGCGGACGCUAGUUACUUUAAUGCUAGAAAAGGAAAGAAUAUAAGUCUGCCGCUUGCUAGUGGUAAAAGUAUUCUGGUCUGGAUAGAUUAUGAUGGAAUAGAGAAAGUACUCAACGUAACGUUAGCUCCAGUACAAACUCCAAAGCCCGAUUCGCCUUACUUUUCAAGCUUCAUUAAACCAAAAGUGCCACUCUUGUCAAGAUCCAUCAACCUUUCAGAAAUUUUCACUGAGACGAUGUAUGUAGGUUUUUCUGGUUCUACAGGCUCAAUCAAAAGUAACCAGUAUAUCCUUGGAUGGAGUUUCAAGCAAGGCGGAAAAGCGGAAAGCCUUGACAUUUCAAGACUUUCGAAUCCACCACCAUCGCCUAAAAGGUUUCCAUUAAAAGAGGUUCUAGGCGCUACCAUAUCAACAAUUGCUUUUCUAACUCUGGGAGGAAUUGUGUAUCUUUACAAGAAAAAGAAGUAUGCAGAGGUGCUUGAACAAUGGGAAAAGGAAUAUAGCCCUCAAAGGUACUCCUUUAGGAUCCUUUACAAAGCAACCAAAGGUUUCAGGGAGAAUCAGUUACUUGGAGCAGGAGGUUUUGGAAAAGUCUAUAAAGGAAUACUUCCUUCUGGUACACAAAUCGCGGUUAAGAGAGUCUACCAUGAUGCAGAGCAAGGAAUGAAACAGUAUGUGGCAGAGAUUGCUAGUAUGGGAAGGCUAAGGCACAAGAACUUAGUUCAUCUCCUUGGUUACUGCAGAAGGAAAGGUGAAUUGCUUUUGGUCUAUGAUUACAUGCCAAAUGGAAGCCUUGAUGACUAUUUGUUCCAUAAAAACAAGCUAAAAGACCUCACUUGGUCUCAGAGAGUCAAUAUAAUCAAGGGAGUUGCCUCUGCCCUUCUGUAUCUUCAUGAAGAAUGGGAACAAGUUGUACUACAUCGAGAUAUAAAAGCUAGCAACAUUCUUUUAGAUGCGGAUCUAAAUGGAAAGUUGGGAGACUUUGGGUUAGCCAGGUUCCAUGAUCGUGGUGUGAAUCUCGAAGCCACACGGGUAGUAGGUACCAUUGGCUACAUGGCACCAGAGCUUACUGCAAUGGGAGUCACCACUACUUGUACCGAUGUCUAUGCUUUUGGAGCUUUUAUCCUUGAAGUGGUAUGUGGAAGGAGACCAGUAGACCCAGAUGCACCACGUGAGCAGGUGAUUUUGGUUAAGUGGGUUGCGAGCUGCGGGAAAAGAGAUGCUUUAACUGAUACUGUUGACAGCAAACUAAUAGACUUUAAAGUUGAGGAGGCCAAGCUUCUUUUGAAGCUAGGAAUGCUCUGUUCACAGAUCAACCCAGAAAACAGACCCAGUAUGAGACAGAUAUUACAAUAUCUGGAAGGAAAUGUAAGUGUUCCAGCUAUAUCGUUUGGUACUGUUGCACUUGGUAUACCCAAUAUAAGCCAUGAAACAGUAACACAAAUGACAACAACCUCUUCAUCAGCUAAUUUCUCAUUUGAGGAUGUUACAGUCCUAUUUGGUGGUCGCUAGGGCAUGCAACACAAUCUGCUUUAUCUACAAGAAAGUACUUUUCUACUACAUUUAUGUGUGUUUUAGUGUGAAUGAUUGUAUAUAUGAUGUGAUGUUUGCAAAUCUAUUGCCUCAG